AUGCCGAGGGUGGAUCUACUGGAUCUGGCCCUGAUUCCUCCUAAAUCCCCAAGGGAGACUCAGGCAGACCCAACGUCAGUGAAUAAUUUCCUGAUGACAGGCCCCAAGGGAGACUCAGGUUCUGACCCAGCCUAUCUCAUCUACUCCAGCAGCGUGGCAGCAGGGGCGCAGAGCGGCAUCGAGGAGUGCAAGUUCCAGUUCGCAUGGGACCGCUGGAACUGCCCCGAGCGGGCACUGCAGCUCUCCAGCCACAGCGGGCUGCGCAGUGCCAACCGAGAAACUGCUUUUGUCCAUGCCAUCAGCUCUGCGGGCGUCAUGUACACGCUGACCCGGAACUGCAGCCUGGGGGAUUUUGACAACUGUGGCUGUGACGACUCCCGCAACGGACAGCUUGGGGGACAAGGCUGGCUGUGGGGAGGCUGCAGCGAUAACGUGGGCUUUGGGGAAGCCAUUUCCAAGCAGUUUGUGGAUGCUCUGGAGACUGGACAAGAUGCCAGAGCUGCUAUGAACCUGCAUAACAACGAGGCUGGUAGAAAGGCCGUGAAAGGGACUAUGAAGCGGACAUGCAAAUGCCACGGCGUGUCUGGGAGCUGCACCACCCAGACCUGCUGGCUGCAGCUGCCUGAGUUUCGGGAGGUGGGCACCUACCUCAAGGAGAGGUACCACAAGGCCUUGAAGGUGGACUUGCUGCAGGGGGCAGGGAACAGCGCUGCCAGCCGGGGGGCCAUUGCUGAAACCUUCAGCUCCAUCUCCAAGAAGGAGCUGGUCCACUUGGAAGAUUCUCCUGACUACUGCCUGGAGAAUAAGACACUGGGGCUGCUGGGAACGGAGGGCAGGGAGUGCCUGAAGCGAGGCAAGGCUCUCAGCAAGUGGGAGAAGCGGAGCUGCCGGCGCUUGUGUGGGGACUGUGGGCUGGCAGUGGAGGAAAGGCGGGCUGAGAUGGUGUCCAGCUGCAACUGCAAGUUUCACUGGUGCUGCGCCGUGCGGUGUGAGCAGUGCCGCAAAAGGGUCACUAAGUACUUCUGUGUCCGCAAGGAGAAGCGGGAGCGGAGUGGGGGUGGUGGAGCCAGCCGCAAGCUCAAGAAGAAGCUCUAACUGUCCCCUGCUCCUUCAUGGUCCUGUUUGCCCGUCCUUUUCCCUUCCCUUUCUGUCUCCCUUGCAGCCCCCAGCACCAUUUCCUUUUGGC